UAUUUUGGGAAAGAAAGCUAACAUUUUUCAAAUCGAUGCCCGAUGGGGGACAACAGUGGAGCAACUUCCACCGCUGCGGAUGAUUUGCUGCUAAAGCAAUUCUUCGCUGAAGUAAGCGAGGUUGAGCGCGAGAACGAAGUCAGCAGGAUCCUUUCAUGCUUCAAGUUGAAUGCAUUUGAAUAUCUUAACCUACCAUUUGAUUCAUCUAUAGAUGAAGUGAAAAAGCAAUAUCGUAAGUUGUCUUUGCUAGUUCACCCUGAUAAAUGCAAACAUCCACAAGCAAAGGAGGCAUUUGCUGCAUUAGCAAAAGCUCAACAAAUAUUACAUGAGCCGGCAGAGAGGGAAUAUCUUUUGAACCAAGUUAAUGCAGCAAAAGAAGAGCUUAGAGCAAAAAGGAAAAAGCAGCUGAAAAAAGAUACUGCUAAUAAAUUGAAGUCAUUAGUGGAUGAGGGAAAAUAUGAGCAAGAAUAUGAACGGUCAGAGGAAUUCCAACAGAAACUAAAAUUAAAAGUUCGUGAACUGUUAACAGAUCAAGAAUGGAGGAGAAGGAAAAUGCAGAUGAGGAUAUCAGAGGAGGAAGGUAGAUUAAAGAAAGAUGAGGAAGAAACUAAAGAGAUGUGGAAAAGAAAGCGUGAACACGAGGAGCAAUGGGAAGGAACAAGAGAACAGAGGGUUUCCAGUUGGAGAGACUUUAUGAAAGGUGGAAAGAAGGUCAAGAAAGGAGAGAUUCGGCCUCCAAAGCUGAAGACGGAAGAUCCAAACAAAUCCUACGUUCAAAGACCUGUGAAACGAGGCUGAUUAUCUCUGGCGCCUGCUUAUUGAUCAUUAACCGACUUAAGCUAGAGAAGGCUUUGCUUACAAUUAUAUCAAAUUUUAGUGACUUGAUUACUGUCCCAUUCAUCAUGGCCCUGUUAUGUAAAAGUACAUGCAUUUUAAUCUAUUGACAUAUUCGGAAAUGUAUAAUUCCUAGUGUAAUAGCUUCUUAAAUAUCACCUUUGUAGAUUGAAUAUUGUAAUGGCUGCUAUAACAUAGUUUUGCCUUGAUAAUAAUAGUUCGACUAAUAUGAUUAGACAGUA